AUGAGCGCGCCCCGCUACACGCGCUGUCUGCACGCGCACGCGAUUUUUCUGCUGUUGCUUCGAGUUCUACCGUUCACAGUGGCACAGAACGAGCGCACCGCUAUCGACAGAUUGGAAAACGUAACGCAUACCGUCACACGAAUACUUGACGGAUACGACAUUCGGUUGCGGCCUAAUUUUGGUGGAGACCCGCUCUAUGUUGGCAUGGAUCUAACUAUUGCUAGUUUUGAUGCAAUAUCUGAAGUGAAUAUGGAUUACACAAUAACCCUUUAUCUGAAUCAAUACUGGAAGGAUGAAAGGUUGGCUUUCGGUCUUCCGGAUGAGGUAUUGACGCUCUCGGGGGACUUCGCCGAUAAGAUUUGGGUGCCCGAUACUUUUUUCGCUAAUGACAAGAAUAGUUUCCUGCACGAUGUGACGGAGCGUAACAAGCUGGUACGCCUCGGCGGAGAUGGCAGCAUCACGUACGGGAUGCGGUUUACCGCGACGCUCGCCUGCAUGAUGGACCUCCACUAUUAUCCCUUGGACAGCCAGAACUGCACCGUCGAGAUUGAAAGCUAUGGGUACACUGUAUCGGAUGUGGUGAUGUACUGGAAGGAGACGCCGGUCAGAGGAGUAGAGGAUGCGGAACUCCCACAAUUCACUAUACUUGGACACGAAACGAAUGAUAGAAAGGAGAAGUUGGCGACGGGCAUCUACCAGCGUCUGUCGCUCAGUUUCAAACUGCGCAGGAACAUUGGCUACUUCGUGUUCCAGACGUACCUGCCCAGUAUUCUUAUUGUGAUGCUGUCUUGGGUAUCGUUUUGGAUUAACCAUGAAGCUACGUCCGCUAGAGUUGCGUUAGGUAUCACGACGGUACUUACGAUGACUACUAUAAGUACGGGAGUGCGUAGCAGUUUGCCUCGUAUCUCCUAUGUCAAAGCUAUAGACAUCUACCUAGUGAUGUGCUUCGUGUUCGUAUUUGCGGCGUUGCUCGAGUACGCUGCCGUCAACUACACGUACUGGGGCGCACGAGCACGGAAACGAGCCAAGUUAAAGAACAGAGACCAAUUAUCCACUAGCGCCAGUGUUGAGAAAGAAUUGAAAUGUUCAGGUUCCCGUUCCCCAGAAGAGAUAAUUGCGUUGCGAGAAUGUGCAACGACUGCGGGCCGCGUGUCUCCUCUUUUAGGGCUACGGUCGAAACCACUACCAGCCGCUACUGGAGCCCCGCCGUCCCUACGACUACAACGCGACCACACUCAACUACGAUACAGAACAAGACCACAUUCUAGAAACUCUAGAAACGGAUCUACGGGAAAACCUAAAGUGAUGCACGCACUUCGUCGAGGCGCGACCGUCAUAAAGGCGUCUAUGCCAAAGAUACGAGAUGUGAAUGUCAUAGACACGUACUCCCGAGUCGUGUUCCCAGUCUGUUUCCUUCUCUUCAAUGCCGUCUACUGGGUCUUUUAUAUUUUCGAUUGAAUUUUCCACAAUGAAAAACAUUAUCCUCAAUAGUGUUCUAUGAAAUUGUCACCCUACUCGUAAUUUUACCUAACGAAUUUAUGCGAUAUGUAUUUAACAUUAUUUUAC